CACAUCAACCUUUUUCAUAAUGAUUGCUACUCAUUUUCUGGGUGCGAUCAACUAUAUGAUUCUUCUUCCAUUUAUUCCAAUUGAAUUCAAGCGGUUUGACCUAAGUCCAUCAACCUAUGGAUACAUCUAUGCCAUGUUCGCCUUUACCAAUUUAGCAUUUACGUUUAUUGUGGUGAGAAUUAUGGAUAACUUCGGUAGGAAGAGCACUUUAUUAUGUAAGCCUAAGAACUAAUGUAAAGGAGGAGUUGCCUGAAUGACAGUCUGAAUGGCUUCACUUGUUAUGACUAGCUCUGUUCAAAGCAGUGAGGUGUUGGUUCCAGUGCUAUUAGCUGUAAGGGGGCUUCAAGGAGCAGCGACUUGUUUGAUUGAUACUUCAGUUUAUGCAAUCAUCUGAGUAUCAUUUACCAAAAACAGGAUGAGAUACUUGGGUCUUAGUCAAUCGUCAAAAGGAGCUGGAUCAACUUCUGGUCCUAUUGUCGGAACUAUAAUGUAUUCGUUAGGUAAUUCUUUUGCAUCGAAUUCUGCUCUUGAACCUCAAUUUGCUCCGUCAAGCUUAUGUAUCAUUGCAAGGAUGAAACCCUAAUUGAGCACAAUUAUGGCUCUAGUCCUAUUAUAAGACUUUGUAUGUUCAUAAUCACAGUGUUUGUACUUCUUUUGAAAAUUAAAGUUUUUGGUUAAAUCGCAAUCUCGACACUAAUGUUUUUAGAUAUUUCUUGACUAUUCUUUUAUAGUUGGAUUUUGAGGAAUCUAUUUUAUCAUGACGGGGCUUUUCAUUGUUCUAUUGAUCCUUCUUUCCUUCAAAAUCCCGAAGUCAGUGGGCAUCCGUGAAGAAGAAAACGUUUGGACUACGAGAGAUUUCCUGGCAACAAAUGAUGCUGAAGCUCAGAAAGACAGAGAGCAAACAGAAGACAUAUCAUGCUGGAAACUACUCACAAGCAAAGUGUACUUGCUGACCACGAUUUGAGUGUUCUUAUGCUUCUUCAACUUCUGUUUUUACGAGCCUGUUCUUUCAACGGAAUUAAUGGCUAAGGGACUCUCUAAUUCUGAAAUAGGGAUCAUAUUUUCAAUUGCUCCGAUUUGUUAUUUCAUUAUGCUACUGAUCUUCUCAUUCUUUGGAGAAAAAUUAUGUUCAAGAAAAUUGGUAGUCGUUGGAAUGAUUCUCGGUGCUAUUGGAGUUUUUCUUAUGGGACCAACUUCUUUCAUACCGGAUUGGUUUUUGUUCUCUUCAGCAGGAACUGGAAGGUUAGUAGACUCUUCUAGAGUUUACUUUUACACAAUGGGAGCAGGACAUUUUAUCAUGGGUAGCUCGUCUGUGUUGUUCUUUCUUCCUAUUUUGCCAAUCAUUAUUGAAGAUGGAGUCUCAAAAUAUCCAAACCACCAAUCCAAGAUAGCUGAUAUGUCAUCAGCAGUAUUUAAUUUCUCACUAACAGCUGGUGUAGGAGUUGGUUCUAUAUAUGGAAGCUACAUCACACAAUAUUUCGGAUUUAGAAUGUGUUGAACAUCCAUUGCGUUGAUAACCCUCUUAUACACUUUAUUCUACCUAUUUUUAUGUGCGAUUCCUCAGGCCUCUGGAAAGCUAAACUCCUCUACUCAGUCAACCAGCACGAAAUCAGAAACCAAAGAUUCCUUAGAAACAGCCUGGCAGGCUCCCUACAAGCCAGAACUGGAGACUCAGAGAUAGAUUUUGAAGAGGACAUAAGUCGGUGAAAUUAACGAAUUUG